GCCGGUGUGGAAAGGCGUAACCUGCUUGCUGCUUCAUCAUCAAUCUUCGACGACAAUGGAAGACGUAAACGUGGCGACUCUAGCGGACCUCCUCCACUCCCCGCGCCCUCUUACCGCCACCGCCUCUCUUCUCUCCUCUUCCACGCCCCCGUCGCACCGCUCAACCAACCGCCGCGUCCUCACCGCCCUUCCCCGCCCAACCGUCCUCGUCGGAACCCUAACCCUCCCCACCCAUUCCCCUCCCUGCUCCUGCCUCCGCUUCUCCGACGCCUCCGCCACCCUCUGCUGCGACCUCCUCCGCUUCCGCCCCGCCGCUCUCAACAAGGAAAUCCGCGUCACCGCCUGGAACUUCAUCCCGUUCAAGCGCCACAGCAGCGACGCCGCCCACGGCCUCUUGGAGAUCAUCAAUUGGCGCUUCUCCAACCCCAACCAAGGGUCCGGCCCCGUGGACUCUCUUCCGCUAGCGCCGAAUUAUGGCCAACAAUCCGGCGCCGGCACGAGAGGAGUCCACGGCGUGGUGGAGUCCGUAGGCCCCUUCUCCGUGGUGCCGUGCACAAUGGCGGCUAGUAGCUCCGACUUGAAUUCGGGCUCUAAGGUGAACUUGCCAGGGUUUUUGGUGCAAUUGAUGUGUUGUGAGUGUAGGUUGUGUGGUUCCAAGGAGUUGUUAAUUGACAAAUUGAAUGAGAGCAGGGAGGGACAUUCUUUUACCAAAUUGGAGAUUGUGUAUUUUUGUGGGAAUGCUUCCUCGUGGCACCCUGCAAUGACUAAGCUGAUUGGUAACCGCGUUGUGUUUUCGGGUUUGAAGAAGAAGAUGGUUUAUGUGACGAAGGAGGAGUCUCGCGUGAUGUAUGUCACUGUGGAUGGCUCGGUUCUGCAUGUAGGUUCUUGUCCGGAGAAAUGCGCGUCAAGCUUGAAGACUGGGAUCAAGGGGAAGGGUGAAUGUGGAGCUUAUACGGGCGUAGUUAAAGGUGUUUACAUGCAAGGGAUGGUUUUGGAGUUGGACCAUGACGUCUGGCUCCUUUUAACUGAUCGGUUGCGUACUUCGAUUCAUGGUUUGAGAGUUGGCUCCAUACUAUCUGUCAGCAAUGUGCAUUUUGUGGAUCCAAAGUUUUCUUGGACAAAAAAUAUUAUUCUUGGGGCCUGCAUCAAGACUAGCAUUAUCGUUCAAUCCUUCUCCCCGUUGGAAACUGUGUGUAAUGUAGUUUUGCCAUCUACUGGUAUGCUAGGGAAUUUCAUUCAGUCAUUACCAUUUUCUGCGAGACUCUGGGUAUUACUUCUUGUCUCAAGCUUCCGUAAAAAGUUUGCUGGUAUCUUAUCUGACAAGGAUAUUUUGGGAUCAAAACAUAAAGAAGGGCUAGCUCAGAUGUAUGCUAAUUCACUUUUCCCUCCAUCAGUGUUUCAAAAUCAGCAUGGUGCUUUGGUGGGGCUGUGUACACAUGACUUGAAUGGCUGCGGAAGGGAGCUGAAUUGCAGUUUUCUGAAACUGGUAAUGCCAAUGUCUAUCUUCAUCUGUCACUGCAUACACACCUUGCUAAGAAUUCUAAAGUCAGAAAAUCGCGGUAAAUUAUUGCCUGUGGGCAACCAUUUCACAAUUUUAUCACGUGAAGCUAGAUAUAAUGGUAGAUCAGUUAGGAGGAUUGUUCGAAGUGAAGAUGUAGGUGUUAUUUUGCUAGGACAUCUAAAGAUUGAUACACUGACUAGAAGACUGCAGCUGGUUGAUGCAACUGGUGGCAUUGAUAUUCUUAUACCAGACUUUCCCUUAACUUGGAAUCCCAACGAAAUAUAUGAGGUGACGGACUAUGAUGUUAUUGUGGACGGCAUAAGUGAACUUGUUGAUCAGUUUGAAUUGCUUGGGAGCGAGUCAUUAUCAUGCAGAACAAUCUUUAAUUGCACCAAAGCAGAAAGAGAGUUGAGCACAUCAAUUUUUGUUUACUGUCAUUGGAAGAAUGCUAAAUGCAGAAAAAUUCCCCUUUUCUCACGUAUGACUCAUAAGUAUGAAACUGAUAUACUAGAACCUGGAUCCUACCAUUUGCUCAGGGUGUCUCACAAAUUUCCUCUGCAAGAAAAGUAUUUUAAUAAAACAGGAUCGAGCAAGUCAAGUACUUUUGUUGAAGCCAUACUUUUGCCAUUCAUUUUACUGGUUGCUGGGAAGAGUAGAAUAUCACAUCCAUGCAAUGCUUCUUGGGACAAGGCAAAGGAACUUCCAAAAUAUUGUAUCAGUCGUAUUAAUGAGGAUAAAGUCUCUAUUAAGAGGCAGAAACUUGUUACGGAGUCAUUAAGUUCAUUGAAGGAUGAAUUUCACAAUCCCAUUUGUGAGCUGAGUGCUUGUUCUAAUACUGACAGGAAAUCAGAAGAGAACACAAAAUUUGUCAACUUGAGAUCUUUUCAUGAUGUAUCUUGUCUGAUUACUUUUAGAAGCCUUCAAAAUGAGAAUGUGGUUCGCCCAGCUAUCUUGCGCUCCACACCACCUAUGAAAGAUAUGCAUUUUAAUUCAAAACCAACUUCAAGGAAAAUUUUGCUCGACUUCUCAUCAGAUGGAUUUUUAAAGCACCAGUUGUUGCAGAUUGGUGGUUAUUACAUCAUAAAUCAUAACAAAAAGGACAGCUUCAGCAGUACAGAAGAUGCUGACUUUAUUAGCCAUGGAAGUGCUAAAUUACUUGUUAAUUCUGGAAAACCUAUCUGGAGCCUCUCAUUUAUUUAUGAUGAGAAUCUUUCUGAUUAUCUAUCAAAAUAUACAACUGCAAAAGAUUCUUUAUCUCCUACCACUGAUGGAGUUUUGCCUAAAGAUCAAAAUCUUUUGACGAGGUCAAAUGGUGAACCUUCAGGUGUCUGUUCUGAUGUUUGCCUUUAUCUCCCCAUCAAUCUUGCAGUCGUCUUGGAGGGUAAUAAUAUGGAAUCAGAAGAUUGUCAAAACUUGCAAUCUGCAAUACCAGAAGAUAGUGCUAACCUUUCUUCAGGUACUGGGACUGUAUUGUUUCAGCCUAAUUCAUGUUUUGGAUCUCAGAGAUCAAACAGCUUGUUCCCUGAGGGCAAUUUGAUCACGCUAGAGGGAAAUGUGGUUGACAUUCACGAAAUUGGCUCUGGUUUCUUCAAUUCAUGUUCAAGCAGUGCAAACCUUGAUGCUCUUAACUUGAAAGGCCUCAAUGGGACAAGAAGCAGUUUCUGCAUUCAUGUUUUAGUGCAUAACCAUGUUGUGAAUAUUUUUGGUUCUGUAAAUAAACAUGCUUUCCCUACUGGAUUUGGAGCUGGUGUAACUGCAACAUUUCAUCGGAUUCUCAAUGCAAGGGGACAAAAUAAAUUUAUGUUGCUGCCUGUGUCAUUUAUUGUAAUAAAAUCGAUAAAAGUAUGUGAUAAACAAUGCAGUGGCAGGUCCUCUUUAUUAAACCAUACUAAUGAUGCUGACACUGCAUCUCAAGAUUCUAUCACUUGCUUGAUUUCCCAAUUGCCUCAGAGCUUGAGCCACAAGCAAAUAGUGCUUCGAUGCAGGGUAAAUUGUUUUAUAUUUAUCUAUGAAAUAUGUGUGCACUCAAAGAACAUUAUGUUUGCUAUUGACUUUUGUCAACAGGUAGUUGCAGUCUUUGCAUUAGUUGUAGAGAGAAAGACUACAAAUUUUAUUGCAGGAACAAAAAAUAAUGCUAAGGGGACUCUUUUGGACAUUCCACUUGCUUGUUUUUUGUUGGAAGAUGGGUCAUCAUCAUGUUGUUGCUGGGCUAAUGCCGAAAGGGCAGCAACCUUGUUGAGACUACGCGAAGAACUUUCCACAUCUUAUCAUCUAGGGAGAAUUUUGAAAAAUCACAAAAGAAUUACUUUGAAAAACCAUGGAUUAUAUAUUGAUUCUCCAUAUCAAGAUCUUGUUGUUUCUGUUACUUCUGGUAAUGCUCUUUGCAGUUCUGAUGAAAACCUCCUCAAGUUGAUAAUAUUCAACGCAUGUGUUGGCAGAAUAUGGAAUGUAGUUGCUAAUGGGAUGGAUGCAGAGGAAAUAAGAUGGUUGGAAACAGAAUACCUUACAGAUACGAUAAAUGUGCAAAGCAUGCAGCAUAUAUGGGCAAAAGAAGUUUCUUACCCACGUACUCUGGCUGAGGCAAGGAAUAUGAUUCAGGAACUUUUGAAAAGUUAAUGCUUAUGGUCAAACUGUUGGGGACUGAAUAGAAUUACAUGCAUUUUGUGAAGUAGUAUACACUAAUUUCUAGUAAAAUUAAGUACAAGUAGCACACUGAUAUAGGGACCAGGUGUUGUACUUAGGUAGUGUGUUGCCCAACUUUUUUUGGGAUUCCCUAAGAAAGUAGACGUUGUACCAAACACAUUUUUUUGAAAAGGAUAUAAAAAAUUUGGUUGAA